AAAGAAAAACAAAAACAACAAAGAAAGCAAACAAGAAAGAAAUCUAUAUUCAUCUUGGAAACGAAGCCCCUAUCUAUCCAUCCAUCUGUCAUGGCACAACGACUUCCCAAGUUUAUCAUAAUCCAAUCCAACUUCAACCACAAAUACCUGCACUUAGAAAAGGUUAAUCCAACUGCAGCUGAUUCCCUCCGAUUUGAUGGAGAUUACAGUUUCGGGCUUGAGACCAGAUUUGAGGUAGUGCCAGCUACCACUGAAAAUGGACUGGUACACAUCCGAUCCAAACUAAAUGACCGCUUCUGGGCAAACAUGGGGGGCCCCAACGGAUGGAUCACUGCCACGUCCGUCAAACCUGACGAGAAUCGAUCUAGCCAGUCUUGCACGCUCUUCCAGCCGGUUUACUUGAAUUCCAACAGCAACAAGAUCGUCCGGGUCCUCCAUGUCCACACCAGCUACUAUGUUUCCUUCUUUAUGGGCACCAACCAGACCAAUGGUUGCUUAAAUUUAAUUAGCAACUCGCAACUCACUGACCAGCGCGAUCUGUUUACCAUCAUUGACUGGCAAUCAAUCGUGAUGUUUCCCGACAUUAUCAGAAUCAAGGGCGACAAUGGAAUGCACCUCAAGGCCUUUUCAGACGGGUUUAUGGAUUAUAAUUAUGAAGUCGCUAAUUCUCCAGAUUUUGAAUUUGAGGUGUUUCCAAGUCGUGACGGAGGCAUCUGCCUGAAAAGUGUCCAAUAUGGCAAAUAUUGGAAGCUUGACAAUAAUUCGUCGUGGGUAUGGGCAUAUGAGAAUCCCACGAUGGACCACCACAUCAACACUGUAUUUAUACCUACCAAACUUGACAACAAAACUAUUGCUCUGCGAAGUUUGGCAAACAAUACUUUCUGUGCAAGACGAACGGCGAAUAGCAAGACCAACUGCCUCGCCACUCUCUUUACCUAUGUCGACGCGUAUGCCCCCAUUGUCAUUGAGGAGCCUGUUUUAUCAAGAACUAUCGACAACGUCAUUUAUGACCUUACUGAUGCAAGGAUUUACGACGAGCAUGUUAUUGCACUUGCGAAUGAAGAGGCUAGGAACAAAAAGGGAGAAGGUUCCGACACGGUUAAAUUAAAUCUCAAACAUACAGAAAGGUAUACUCGGGAAUGGACCGCAAGCGUAUCGUUCACACUGGGUGUCAAGGUGAGUUUAAGCGUAGGUGUCCCAGAAAUAGCGGAGGGCAAGGUUGAGACAUCCUACGAGUUUAAAAGUUCGUAUGAAUGGGGAGAAAGAAAUGAAGAUGAACUUGAAAUGGGGUCUGAGUAUACAGUUACUGUGCCUCCUAUGAGUAGCGUGAAGGUGAGUCUGAUGGCGACACGGGCUUCAUGCGACAUACCCUUUUCGUACACUCAGCGUGACGUCUUAACAAAUGGAACAGUAAAAGUAUACUACAAGAAUGAUGGCAUAUUUAAGGGCCGCAAUGCCUACAACUACAGACUGGCAGUGGCAUUGGCAGUUAUGUAAAGUGGGAAUGCCAACUAGUGUUUGCUUGUUUGUUUUUAACUAGGAAUGCCAACUAGUGUUUGCUUUGUUUGUUUUAAGUGGGAAUGCCAACAAGUGUUUGCUUUGUUUAUUUUAAGUGGGAAUGCCAACUAGUAUUUGUUUGUUUCUGAGCUA